CUCUUCACCAUCAGCAACAACCAUCGCCACUUUCUUAUCGCGAAUCCGUUAGAAAAUCGUUAUAAUAAUCUACAAUGGCCGACCAGCUUACCGAAGAGCAAAUCAACGAGUUCAAAGAGGCCUUCUCUCUCUUUGACCGUAACAAUGAUGGCCAGAUCACCACCAAAGAACUCGGCACCGUCAUGCGAAGUCUGGGCCAGAACCCCUCAGAAGCCGAGCUCGCGGAUAUGAUCAACGAGGUCGACGUCGACAACAACGGCUCGAUUGAUUUCCCUGAGUUCCUCACGAUGAUGGCGCGUAAGAUGAAGGACACCGACUCUGAGGAGGAAAUCAAGGAGGCCUUCCGUGUCUUUGACCGCGACAACAACGGAUACAUAUCGGCUACCGAGCUGAGGCACGUCAUGACCUCGAUCGGCGAGCGUCUUUCUGAGGACGAGGUCAACCAGAUGAUUAGAGAGGCCGACACAAACAACGAUGGCCGGAUUGACUACAACGAGUUUGUUCAGCUGAUGUUGUCCAAGUAAACUACGAUUACUCAUGAUUAUGAUCAGAGAUGAGGGGACUGUAUUUUUGGUAUAUUAGUAUAUGAAUAUACAUAUAUUUAUAUUGCGUGACU